AUGCAGGCGCUGGCACGGGCGGCGCGGGGGCUCUGGCCGGCAGCGUCGGAGGCUGCAGCCGCGGGAAGGGGAUACUGCGGGCAGGUGCAGCCGUCGCGGGGGAUCAUGGUGCAGGUGAGGGACGGCAACCUGGAGCGGGCGCUCCAGGUGAUGGAGCGCAAGAUGCGGUCGAGCGGCAUCGAGCGGCUGAUCAAGCGCCGGACGGAGCACCACGUCAAGAACUCCGAGAAGCGCGUGCUCGCCCACAAGGCGCUCAUGGCGCGCGUCCGCUCCCAGGAGCUCGGCAAGAAGCUCCGCGAGAUCCUCAUCAAGAAGAUCAGGGGUCAGUGAGAGCAUAUCUGAGUGCGCUGCAUUUUUCAGCAACACUCAUUGUAC